UAAAGUUAGGGAUGGGCUAUAAAGGCUAAAAAAUGUAUCACUAUAAAUUUUGUCAUUCUGGGGAAAACAAUAAAAGUCCUGAUUAAAAAUAUUUUAAAUCCUAUCAAUGUUUUUAACUCAGUCUGUCCUGAGGACACCAGUUGACAGAGUCAAAUAAGAUACUUAACUAUAAGUUUAAGUGGUAGGUUAUGGAGAAAACUAAUGAAAUGUGAAAACACUUUCAACAUUUAUUGAAAUCUCUAAUUGCACAGAGUGAACAGCAGCAGAUCCUCCUCCAAUGUCAGGUAUACCUGAUUGUGCUUAAAUAAGCCACAGUCUUGAAGGAAAUCCCUCAUGUGGAGGCUUGUUUAGUAACAAGCUGCUCAGAAACGUCUCCUUCACUAUUUUCGGCCAUGUUUGUUUGUUACUCUGACCUGUUUGGACUAUUGCUGUGAAUCGUUGUUCAUGCGUACGUCAUCAACUUGCAUAUAUCGCGUUUAUCGUGAGAUGUCAAAUAUUUAUCGUGGAGGAAUUCUCUGGCGAUAAAUCGAUAAUUUAUCACCCAUCCCCAUGUAAAGUCAGUGUAAAGUUGCAGUUACUUGCAUGUUCUCAAUCAGGGCUCAAACGAUGGGACUGAGGUGACAAACAAAGCAGAUUGUACAUGUGAAUGAUGUGAAUCCAAAGGUUGCAGCCCAAUGACAGAGAGAGCAGAGUAUUUCAGAGGGAGUGACAGAAAAGAUUUGUUCGUGGCAUAUUACAUGCACAGAGCUCUGUCACUGCACCAUGUGAAGACUAUCAUGUGGUAAGUUUUACUGCUGGGAGGGUGAGUGGUGUAAAAAUUCUGUUUGAACCGGUUUGAUUACUGCAAGGGUCUCACUGAGGGACAAGAGUCAGAGGGGGGAGGAUGGAGGGAGGGUGAAAAUGAAGACAGAGGAGUCACAGAUUCCCUCACAGUGAAUCCUUCAAAGCUCAUCUAAAAACGUUGACACUGAAGUGAAGUUUCCAUUGAGCUUCUUUCUCCCAGAUGAGACUACAUUAUUGUCUUUUGAAAAAAUAAGCACAGCUUCGGGGGUGAUCCUGACCCUGUGCGGGGUGAAAGAGGGUCUUAAAUCGAUUAAUUUGCUGAUGAUGCUGUUGUGUGCGUGAAAGAGAGGGGCCACAUGUCAAAUAAACACAGAUAUCUCCCUGGGUGGAAGGGGGAAAACAACAGACUGAGAAGAUUAAUCACUUCUUUGGGAGGGGAGGAAGAGAAGAAGAAAUAAUAUACGAAUGAAAGAGGAAGGCGGGGGUGAUAUCUUUACGAUGAAGGAGUCCAAAAGAUGUUUGAGGGAAAGGAAAGAGUGCAGGAGUUCAUGUGUGGAGGGGAGGACAGGGAGAGGGUUGUGGAAGUCUUGGAGACUGUUGCGAUCUCUGCAGAAAAGCUUGAGAUAGUCAGUGGACAUUUAACAUCUGUUAACAUCUGUUCAAUCUAGCUCAAGCACACACAGCAUAUAAAUACACUGUUUAUGUACAACACGCACCAUGUGAGAGCUGAUCUUAUCAGCGCUUUGUAUCACAGCUUUCUGUCUGUUUUUCUGAGCGUGUUUUCUUGCUCCUGUGCAGUCUGACAUGUGUUUGUACUCACAGCAGCUCUGCAUACCAACCAACAGCAUCCUUUCUUGUGCAAUAUGUGGAAUAUUUCAGCAGGCGCCCAAAAAUCUGCCCAAAAAAACACAUGUAUCCACGCAAACAUCAAAAUAUCCCAGAUAUGUCACACUUCUCUAUCUUUGCUUGUGUGUCUUUUUUAAAAUCAGCCAGUUUACUCCCCGAUAGCUGUGCGUGCUCUGAAACUCAUGCAAAGUUUUCUUUUAAAAAAAAGUCUGGAGGACCUUUUAGACUGCAGAUACACACACGUAUGAGUGUAUUGUGUUGUUGUCAAGAAGAGCUCAGUGUAAAUGGACCGUUAUUACAAGGACAGAGAGGGAAAGAGAGAAUAGAUGUUGGCCUGAGGGAAAAACCAGGCGCACAGUUACACACAACAUGCAGCAAAAACGCACACAUACAAGUACAUGCAGAGCUGAAUCCUGAGCAGAAGGGUAGCCUAAGGGCUGUAGCGUAGACAUGUCACCAGAGUUUCAGAGGAGCACAACCUCUAAUUUCUGUCUCUCAAAAGAGGGGAAGUCAAACCCUGGAGAUGGGUAGAGAGGGAACAGGACAUGGUGGAGUUAGAUGGAAAGACAGAAAAGAGGAGAAUCAAGAGAGAAAACAGGGGAGGUUACCUGUGCAACAACACGGCUUUGUUAUGACAACCAGAACAGCACUCUGUCAUUUAGCCAAAGAGUUAAGUCAGUGAUAGAGAGAUUGUUUUUGCACUUUUUAUCAGCACUAGCAUAUUAUCUUACCAGGCUUUGAAGUUUAUCAACACCAUUCAACCAAAACCAGGCACAAUCUACCUUCACAGACAAAAAACCCAAUCAAUAAGGACCCUUAAUCCACAACGGAUUGACGCCCUCACCAACAGAGAGGACUUAUCUCAUAUUUAUGAUUAACCUCGUAGUGUCAAAGCUGCUUGACCAAUAAACAUUAUUCCUUUUCACAUACAUUUCACACAUACAGACCUACUUAUGUAAAGACCUCAGUCAAACAAAUUGAGCAUCUUUUCAGUCAAACUCAAAACCACUCUGAAGCUAAAUUUCUAUGUGAAAGCUUUUGUCAUCAGAUGUUUUGUAGUUCUCACUUGCUUUUUGUCAUUCAUGGCUGUCUGGCCUUAUAUGUUUCAUAUUUGUCUCCCUGUUACUUGUUUUUCUUUGUAUGAAUAUUUCUUGUCUCCAGGUAAAUAGAAGCUCUCUGAGCAACACCUUGAAGAGAUUUACUGACAAAACACCUUGAUUUUACUAUGUCAAACACAUUGUAAUAUCCCAAUGGGCGAUCCCCUGAAGACUCCCCUGUAGAUCCACCUUCUUUUCAUCCAAAACAGACAGACAGACAGCACUUUGAAUUAAACACAUGAGAGCAACAGCAGAUGAGGGAAGUGCAGAUAGAGAGCAGAACAAGCUGGAAAUCUCACUGUGAUGUUCAAAUGAGGUACAGAGCUCUGUGAAAGUCCAGGAUCAGAGGGAAUCUGGAGUUCAAAAGACUUUUAAUAUUCAUUUGACAGAACAAUAAGCGUCUUUUUUUGAGGAACUUCCAUAUGCAAAUAUAGUUUGUUUGAAGAUUUUAGUGGAAAUAGAGGAGCAGAUGCUGAAGAAGUAAACAGCCGAAACAGGAGAUUGAUGGAGUGAAGAUUGAGCUGAAGCAGGAGGAGCUACUUUUAUAGAUCUAAUAAAAUGGUGGCUAACUCCUCUCCAUUAACCCUUUGUCCAGUCCACGGGGCUGCAGGGCAGAAACACACUAAUGUGUCAGACUCUUAAGGACAAGGACACACACAGGAUAUAGUAUAUAUGUUACUAGAUACCUGUGGGCAUGCUUUAGCUGUAAAGUCCGAUUUCCUGCUUUAAAAAGGGUCACAUUUAAGGGUGUAUGCGCUCAUUAAGGUGCCCUCUCUUUGACACCUAAAGAAAUGAAUCCUCGCUUGUUCUAAACAACUUGGCUCAUUGUUCUUGUUAAAGCGGAAUAUCUGAAGACCAUUUUCUGCUGCAGAGACAUGAGCAGUAAAAGGCCUUGGGGGAACGGUCUCCACGGGAUAUCCAUCUACAGCUAAAUGGCCUAUAAAAAUUAGGACAAUGCUGAGAAUAAAGAGAGGGCCCCUCUUUGCUUUAUGUUGUCUGUUUCCAAGUUCUGUCCUCUCCCUUUUAAUUGUGAGCUAAAGCAGGUGAUAACUAAAGUGAUGCAUAUGUAAUGUGUCAAUAAAGCAAAUUGUAAAAUCAUGAGGUAGGAAAAAUGGAUAAUGCUUUGUGAUUCGGAAGUAAGGUUGGAAUACUCCCAAAAAUCAGCUGGUGAGGAGAAGAAAAAAGCCAUGGAUGGCAGAGAAUUUGAUUUGAUUUUACUUUAUUUUUUUAAGCUAGGUUACAUGGACCCAUUAUGGUCCCUUCAUUAUGUUGCAUUACCUCAUGGAUGUUCCAAAACAAACAAUUUCUUAGUGGAUUAAUGGACAUUUAAACUCCAACUAGCUGAUCUAAAGAAUAGAAAAAACAUCAAAAAUUAGACACGUUUUAUUUUACACAGCUAAACACAGAAUCACAGCGUCUCUGAGUAAACUAGUUUUCUGAUCGUGGCUACCAUUAGCAGAGCUAGAACCCCAAGCCUUGUUCCUUUAUCGUAGGUUAAUAUCCAUGACAGAUCAUUCUGAUCAAGUUGACCAAACACAGCUGACAUACAACUUUCACCUAUCUGUCACUAAGAACCAAACCGAGCCCCACUACAGGACGCCAUCAGUCACCAGUGCUUUGUUAAAUCUGAGGAGCAGAGCUUUAAAGACCCACUCUGAUGAAAAUCAUGUUUUUCUUGUUGUCUACAUUUUCAUAUGGCAUUUUUCUGAUGCAACAGGACUGUUAGGAUAUAUUGCAAAUAUAGAGAUAGUUUGACGGAGUUGAAUAAAGUAUCAACAAUUAUGCUCAUUGCAGUCAUGUACUGAUGGAUAACAGGAAGAAGGAUAAAAACUCCAGGGAGGCUAUCACCCUGUAUAGAGAGAAAGAACAGUAUCCACAGUGUGAAGGUUUUAGCUUUGGCUUCUCUUGAUAGCUGAUAAGUAAUGUCCUGUACAGGAAAGAGAUGUCCGUGUGCUGUUUUUGAAGGAAGUUGCACCCAGGGGUAUGAAACAGGAAGUAUGCAAACUGAAAGUGAGACUGCAGCUGGAACUUAGUGGGGGGCGUGAGUUAUUUACAUCUAUGAUAAGCCUGCUUAUAUUAUUUGUCUGGCAAUAACUAACAGUAUGUUUUUGUAGGUAUGAAUGUGUGAUAUGAGUGUAGAAUGCACAAAAACAACUCCUGAUCAGGUAAAUAGCUGGACCAUCAGUGUGAGAGGUGAAGAAGAAACAGGAACCAGCCGACAUCCUCGUCUUUUCUUCCCGUCAACAAUCACAAAGAUAAAGGGUGUAAGGGAAUUAAGGAUUGGAGUUGGAUACUUAAUACCAGUCAGUACGUUCUUUAAGGUGUCUUACUUAGUUCCUCCCGUUCCUAUUGGAACACUGGGUGAUGAGUCCCCUCCAUUUGCUCUAGUCCCUAGCGACCCUUCUUGCUUUAUGCCAGCUGACUCCCAUCUCGCUCAGGUCUUCCUUGGCUGUUUGUCUCCAUGUCUUCUUUGGCCUCUCUCUCCUUCUCUUUCCCCCCUCUGGCAUCCAGUCUAUUGCCACACUUGCCUAUCUCUCUCUUGGCAGUCGGAGUACAUGUCCGGUCAUUCUCUUUCUCCUGUCAGAGACAAUGUCAGACAAGGGUGCUACACCUGCCCUUCUCAUCACCUCUUCAUUGGUGAUGUGGUCUCUCCAUGAUAUCUUUAGGAUGGAUCUGAGGCACCGUCGAUGGAAGACAUCCAACUUGUUGGUGAUGCUGGCUGUCUUCAUCCAUGUCUUACAGGCGUAGGUCGCUGUAGGGAUGACCACUGACAUAUAGAGGCGUAGGCUUUGUGGCUGUGGUGAUGGAUUGACAAUCAAAUGUUCCGGAGUCGUUGGAAGACUCCAGCAGCUUUGCAAUUUCUGGUCUCCACGUCUCCAGUAUUUGAGAUGUUGCUUCCGAGGUAUGUGAAGUUCUCGACAUACUCUAUGUCUUGUUCGCCUAUGGUGAGUGGUGGAAGGUGUUGAUGUUGUGCAACGGUUAUGGCCUUGGUCUUUUCUUGGCUUAUACGUAGACCGACUUUUGCUCCUUGCUCAUGCAGGUUGUCUGUCAAUUCUUGGAGUAUAAAGUAGGUAUGGCUAAGGAGCACCAAAUCGUUUGCAAAGUCUAGCUUUAAGGUGUGGACAAUUAUAAUAUAAGAGUACCCCUUAAGAUUAUUCUUUCAAGAUGUUUGGAAAAUUACAAUUCAGAGUACCCCUUAAGGUUAUAGGGAAACCACCCUUUUUCCAACGGGACAUAUCAUGAGAAAAAAAUAAGUGCGAAAUUGCAUUUCUGGGUAUUUCUGCAUUCAAAUCUCUGUGAAUCUCUGGCAGACCUUAACGGCAGGUUCAGAUACAGUAAGAUUUCCUACGUCACAACUGCAAGCUCCGCCCCUGGAGCCCUGCCAUGCAGGCCAGAUUUAGAGAAGUAGAGAGGACGAUCCCGGAACAAGCGCGUGCGUUAGUGGAUUGCAAUUCUCGCAAGAAAGCUAAUUAUGAUACCAACUUUCAUCAUGUCCCUAAAGACAUUAGUGUCCGAGAACUGAAUAGCUCCUAUGUUACCUGCUACUUCUACUACACCGGCAAUGUUAGGCUGCAAGCUAGCGUGAAGAGGAGUGGGCAGAGGAGUGCUGUCUCUGCCCACGAGUCAGAGGCAAAUUGCGAAUGAGCUACUGAAGCUUUGCAGAAGAAAAGACCUUAAAAAUGACAAGGAUAAUGCAAUUUUGGCUAAAAACUUAAUACUCACAAUUUAAGACCACUGAUAACACUUAAAGUAGUAAUAAAAAAGAUUGGAGUGGGACUUAAAGGCAUUUAGGGCAGUUGGCAUGCUCCCCAGCAUCCAAUUUCAGCAUCAUACUACAAAUAAAUGCUUUGCAGCCUACUUUUUACAAACCUUGAGGAGUUCGAACAGGAAGAAAUGUAUCAAACAAAUGAAAAUACUCUUAUGUAGAGUUCAUGUGCUUACUGUUUUGUGAUUUAUAGCUCUUGGUUACAGUAUUUACAUUGGAGACUGUUGUAAACGUUAGGUUUUUAAGCUCCUCUUUUUCAGUAAAGUUUGCCCAAACUUUAAGAAACUUGUCUUAGAGCAAGUCUAAUUAAUAUUACUGUUUCUAUUUGGACUUUGUUGCAGGGUCUUUAUGUUUUCAAACCAUAAGAGCUAUUCUUCGAACAAGAGAGGAAAUUUUAGUCAGUCAUGUAAGACUACUGUGUUUGAUGCUGGAUGCCUCAGGGUUUGAAUCCAAGCCAGCGGACUGUCUCUCUACUCACAAGGCUCAAAUACUGCUCCUAACAUUUGAGGCGUGAUAUUGUGAUCGCUUUGCCAUCACAUGGCAUGUUGAAGAUUUCACAGUUUAACAUUAACAUAGCUGCAAGCAGCAGAAAAGAGAGCGAGGGGAAUACAUAUUAAAAUCUUGAUGAUGUUGUUUAAGGAUUUAAGGAGUAAGAGGGAAAAGUUUGUGGUAAGUUCUGGAUGUAAAAAAUGAUUAAAAAACUGAUGCCACAAUAAACAUGUAAUAGAGGGUUAAUUGUUUGUGCUUAGCUAAUCAAGAUGACAAAAGUACCUUUAUUUUUUGCAGUAAACCUUGUGUAAGACACUUACAUAGCACAAGAAAUGGUCAAGUGGAAAAAGUGAUGAGGCAAAAUUUCAGUCACUUGACCGACGUUAGUUAUCAAACUCGAUUCUGCAGUGAGGAAGAGGCUGUAUGAUCUCAGAUGUUUCCAGUUAAAAAUUAUUCCAAACACUGUGGAAAAACUUCAUCCCCCAAAGUCAAAUCCUUGAUGUAUGACAAAAAAGUCCCGCAUUGACCUUUGAAAAAGCAUGACAGAGAAACCAUGUCAAAGGCUUCUUAAGUCAAAUAAUUUCAAGCUUUAAUUGCACCGUUGACCUUCAUUAGCAAAUUUGCUGUGGUUAUGGAAAUAUAUUUGCAGUUUUCAUCUAAUAAGGUCUUAUUAAGUUUGAUUUAGGCCCGUGUGAGAUUUGCAGGUUGUCAUUUUAGCUGAUUUACUGUAGAGAAACAUUUCACUGUGUUUUUAAUGCUGAGGUUGGUCUGGGCUGUGUUCACUUUAAAGCUCAUGUGAGAAUCUUUCAGUUUGUGUCAGUUCUGGCAGGACUUGCGGAAAAGGUCUAAAGUUAUCUUUAUUUUAUUAUGAAUCUAUUUAUUUUUAUAACAAGGCAAUGAGUUCUGUUGGUUUUUUCUUUCUUUUUUUCUUUUUUUAAUUUCUGUUCUGAUCUUGUCCUUUACAUGCAUGACUUGUGUUUUCUGAUAACCAAAAGAAAAAUGUAUGAUUUCUGUUAACACUUUAAUGUAUCACACUGGGCUGAGCCUGGAUGGAAACUGUAUAUUAAAACUGUUUAGGCAGCAGUUUUCUUCUAUUUAGUUGAUGUCCACUCAGCUCCUUGAGUGUUUUAACAUCCCUCACUGUCUCUGUCUCUUUUCUUUUGUCUGUUGGUGGCUGAUACUUUUCUGCUUGUUAUAUAAGUAUAUCAGUUGCACAGAUGUGUAGAAUGAAACCCUUUUUUUUCUGGAGAAAAAUGUACUCAAAGUGCUUUUUAAUAAUAAAUCCUACUAUGAAUUCCCCCCUUUAUGGGCCUGCCAUCUUUAAGUUCAUGGUGUUUCCACAAUAUGAUAUAUCAAAGAUGAACUUCUAAACUGAAUAAGUAAAUGCAGAUGUUCAAUAAUAAUGAAACAAAGCUAUUGUGAUUUGUUUUGGAGCAGAGGUGUCCUAAAAUCAUGGGGGAACAUGCAUUACUUAAGAAAUUUAUGUACCCCAUAAUUUGUAUAUGGUCCUCGAGUUUAAACAUAAGCUGAUUAAUGAAAGUCAAAUGAAAACGACACUGAGCUAAGAUGCAGAGAUUGAUUAGUUACAUGUUCAAGCUAUAAAGACCCAAGAUAACACUGAGUGCAUUCCUGUUGCUGCUCACAAAUAACCCUCUCAGAUGUGGUUGUAAACGGUCUCUGCAGUUUUAGUGAGAAUAACAGAAAUGUAAACAUCUGUGUCCCCUGAACUUUCAUACUGAAGUGCACAAGCAGCAGCUAAACAGUAGAAAAACACAGAGAGUCCUCUUUAAUACAGGUUCUGAGGGGUCCUCUGAGAUGUUAAUCUGUCAGCAGAGAAACACAUCUGGAGCUGAGUGCCGUCUGACCUGAGAGGAACUCACUGGGGGUACACAGAGCCAAUACAGGUGUUGUUAUGAUUGUGCCAGACUCAAAUUUCACAUCACUAUUAUACUGAAAAAAACAAAAGAUAGUCUGAUUGAUUUUGUGACGGAAGAAAGAAAAUUCUCAGUUGAAGCUAAAUUUUGUUUAUGAGGUGAAAGAGUGAGAUAAGUUUUUUUACUGCGCCUGUAUAAAUGAAAGAAAUAACGAAGGAAAGUUUCCAAUCAUACCAGUAGUUUGAAAUAAAAGUUAGAUGUUAAGCUGGUCAUUUAACUUCGACACUGGACUGUAAAACCAAAGUAAAAAAGUGAAUAUUCAAAUAGGACAAAUAAAAGCAAUAAUUACCGUCUCAAAGGUGUUCAUGGAUUAAGCCAUUAAGGAAGAAUAUUAAUCAGGAGAAGUAGGUAAGAAGCUUUUUAGCCUCUAAAAUACUUUUACUCUCUGACUUCUGAUUUCAUCCUUUAUCAAAUUAGGCAAGUUUGAUGAACACUGAAUAACUUCCUGCCUGCCUUCCUCUGUCUCCUCCACCCUUCACCCCUCCUCUUCAUCAAAGGAGGGAGGGGUUGGAGCCUUGGAGGGCAGGGAUCAACUCUGUAGAUUCCUCAGACUGGGAACACCGAGACUCAGGACUGAGGAGGAGUGAACUGCCAGAAGAGCAGACUGGAGCCUCUGGAUAACAGGUCUGGAGCUUUUCACUUUGACAGAGAGGACUGGCACUGUUGAAGAUGACUGGACUGUCACUAGGGGACCAAAAACCACCAAGUUAGGGGAUUUUUUCUCUGUCCAGAAAGCUAGAGAGUUACUGGAGAGUUUGAUCUGAGAAGGACACACAUAAGAGGACUACCUCAGCUAAGAGAAAGGUAAGUAAAAGUUUAAACAGCUGUGAUUGGAGGACAUCAAUGGACUGAUGAAUGGACUAAUUUAAGGACUCUAUGAAAAUUAUUUCAUGAAACCCUACUAUUUAAUUAGGAAAAAUCGCAAGACCACUUUGUCCCUGCAAGUAGACUGAAAAUAUAAAAAGUAUUAGAUUAGUACAAUGUAUCUAGUGCACCUAAAUUAAGAAAAAAAAAAAAAAAACUGGAGAAAGGCUCAGUGGUUAAAGCAGUUCAAAAAUGAUCAUUUUUCACCUUUUAUUCAAAGACUUUAUUUGAACCUCUAUAUUUAGACCAUGAUGCGGAGCUCUGCCUCCAUUACCAGAUUCAUCUCACAUUUGCACACAUAUUAAAGGUUAUUUUAAAGCUGCACCUCACAUGUCUAGUGACUGAAAUAACUGUGAAAAAAUUAGCAAUGCGUCACAGUCACCAUCAAAACUUUGCAUGCACAGUGGUGAUGUGAACACCCAACAUCAGUAUGCUGAAGUAUUACGUGCCACCAUAAUCAGGCGUAUACGAUGGGCUGCCACAUAUUAAUAACCCUCAAAAACAUCCAGAGGUCACACAGCCUCAAACAACAAUACACAUGCAGAGUUUUUUUUUUUUUUUUUUUUUUUGCUCUUACUAAGGGGGAAAGUUGAAAAUGGCACUCUUUGUGAUGUCUCCAGGCCUUUUUUUGCUGAUGUCCUAUGGCAUAAAGGUAGUUCAUUUUUUGUAAGGAAGAUACAAUGCGCUGAAAUUGUGUCUUUAGACGGAUAUGAUUUCGACUAACUGUGAAAAAUCUGAAAUUGUUGAAACUGAAGUGUAUUUAAACUUUUGAAAAAGUCACACACACAAAUCAUUUCUGACCUCCCGUCACCCCUUGAAUUAAUCAACUGCUCAAUUAAUUUGCCAGAAUUUUUAAAAUGAAAGAUGUGUUUUUCAAUAUAGCUGAAUUUUAGCCCAGUGAAAACUGGUUGAAACUGAAUCUUAUAUUUUAUGACAUGAUUCCUGUUUUCAACCUAAGUGUUGAGAGUGUAAUUGGUGCUUGCUGGCAUGUUGACCCCAUAAUGGAUAGAUGGAUGGAAGAGGAUUGAUGUGGGAAUGGAUGGAAGUUGUUUGGAACAAAAUGGGAAACUGUAGACUUGUGUUCCCAUACCAGUUCACUGGGUCCAGAAACAUUAUGUUAAUCCUAUUUCUUUAGAGGGGCGGUAGCAACAGCCGAUUAUUUUCGUACCUCUGGAAGAGUUGCAGCAUGUGACCAAGUGCAUGGCGGGAAAAUUUUAAACAGAUAGCGGCAUGCAUAAGAAAGAAACUACCCAUGAAUACUUUAGGUGCUGUUUUUCAUUCUUUUAUUGACAAAAAUGCAUCAUCCAACUCAUUGAAAUGACCAAUAUUGGACCCCAUCUGCUGUAGGUGCCAUCUUGGUUGUUUACAAAUAUGUCGAAGUGGCCCCCUAGUGUCCUAAUCUUUACAGAACCUGCCCCACUUUUAAAUAAAGAAACAAAGGCAGGCCCAGGAUACCAAGGAGAAAUCCUGGUCUCAGAACCGAGAAAAUUAAUAAAAGCUUGUUUUUAGGUAAUCAUGAAAUAAGCAGCAUGUUAUCAGAGAAAACUUUGAAUGCACAACAACUGUAUGUUUAGCAGUAAAUCUCUAGCUGUAUUUGGAUGUUUAUACCUUCAUUUCAAAGUUUGGAGUUGUUGUUUGAUGUAAUGUAUAUAAGCUACAACUUUCUGUAUAUCUAUUUAAGUUAAAACUCCCCACUGUGCAAAGAAAAACUCAAAAAAUGCAAACAGAACAAGACAACACCUAUUGAUCUCCUCAAAAAGGUCAGACUACACUGUCUUUUUCCAAAAUAAAAAUGUGAAAUUGAUCUAGCCUUCUCUUUAUCUCUGCCUCUCUAUCAAAUAAUUUCUGCACAGUCUGAAAUAUGAAAAUAAAAGCUAAGUUAUCUUGAGCCAUAUAACAAAACUUUCAUCCGAAAAACAAUCAAGAGGGUUUUGUUUUUACAUGGUCUGAUACUAUUCCAGUAGCCAGAAAGUGCCCUGAAUGAAGUGUUUUCUUGCAAUUUGUAUUCCAGCCAAGCUCAGAGGAUCAGUUCAGCCAACCUCAUUGGAUAAAAGCCAGAAAACUCAAAGAUGGAGACCCGUAUUUUCUGCAUGGGGAUAUUACUGUUGGCAGGCCAUAUCCUUGUAGCCAGUGGUCAACCAGAGCCAGCACAGCAAGCGCCCCAGGACCCUCCUAGUAUCACCCAGAGACUUGGACUUGUAGAGAGGGAUGUGCAGGGUCCGAUGAGGUCCAACAUCACAAUGCCCCGCCGGCGGCUUCCUCCAAUGUGCACAGGACCCACAGAGAUCAGAGACACCUUCAAGUAUAUCAACACGGUGGUGUCCUGUUUGGUGUUUGUCGUGGGUAUAAUCGGUAAUUCCACUCUGCUCAGGAUCAUCUAUAAGAACAAAUGCAUGAGAAACGGACCUAACAUACUGAUUGGGAGCCUGGCCCUUGGAGACCUGCUGCACAUCAUCAUCGGUAUACCAAUUAAUGUUUACAAGGUGAGUUAUAAUUGCUUAGACACUUAUAGGAACAGACAAUAUUUAUAUACUUUAAAUAUUACAGCUAAAUAAAACGUGUAUUGUAGUAUUCAUUUAUGAUAGGCAUCCAAGUCCUUUCAAUCCUCACAGAAACCAGCAUUAUACCUCACAAAUCUAACUCUUUAUUGGUUUGGCAGGUGUGCCACAAUAAUAACACUCCUUAAGUCCCUUUGCUUUUUAAUUAUCUUUUGGUUUUCUUUUGUGGUGUGUAAUAUUCCUGGUUAUUACCUUUGUGCAAACUUUGACAGAAUAACUCUUUAAGGUCUUAUGUCAUUAUUUAGCUACAUAUUGGACUUUAAAUCCUCUGCCAACAUACCACACGCAUGCGCACGCACACACAUACACACACUUUUGAACAGCAGCUUUGAAGCAGAUUUUUAAUGUUAUUACUUUACCUGAUCUUGAGCCUCUCCUUAUCCCCUUUUGUCUCUGGCAUGUUAGAAUGGUUGGGCUCAUUUUGUGUGUGUGUGUGUGUGUGUGUGCGUGCGUGCAUGCAUGCGUGCGUGAGAGAGAGAGAGAGAGCGUUUCUGUAUAUUUAGGUAAGGGUGCAACCACGUUAAAACAACUAGUCAUGGCUGCAUACCAGAGCACAGGCAGGAGAGAGUGGGUCAUAUGCAGAGAUUCAGGGCUAAAUAUGAUUUCAAUCGAUUUACACACACUAUCUGGUCUACCUUUCAUAGCAGACACAUUGUACAGGUUAAUUUGAGUUUGGUCAACAAUCUUCUCAGCUAACUUUAAGAGCUACUGUGUCUCUCAGGGGUUUCGGUCCCUGGAGGUAAGCCGCCCUGUUUUCAAUAAAAGACUGACAGUUGUGUUAAACUUGAUAAAGAGGGAUGGAAAAAAAAAGCCUGGGUUUUCACAGAAACUGAUAAGUUCAGGUUUAUGCUUAUCUUGAUGCCUGUUCCUGGGAAAAAAAAAUAUCAUGGGGCCAGACGAUUUUCUUCGGUCCCUGUCAUGGUUUUACUCACUCAUGAACUGUUUGUGUCUCAGCUCCUGGCGGAGGACUGGCCUUUUGGAGUGACUCUGUGCAAGAUGGUGCCGUUUGUCCAGAAGGCCUCAGUGGGGAUCACAGUGCUGAGUCUGUGCGCUUUGAGUAUUGACAGGUAAGCUGCACAGGCGACACUAAUGGGUGAUAACCUUUCCACCAAUGAUAGCUCCUGUUUGCUUGUUCUGACGUGAACCCAUCAGUCAGGGAUUACAGAAACAUGGUGGGGGGGCUUGACUUUUGACCCCUUUCCUUUUUGCUUAUUUUCACAGUCAUAAUCUGUUGACUGACAUAUUGUUAAAGAACUGCUGCUGCACUAUAACAGCCGACUAUAUUGUGAGUUGAGAUAGUGAGUGAAUAUGUAAUAAUUGAACAAAUGUUAGUUAUUUUCAGUUAUUUUCAUGUUCAUAAUCUUUAGAUGUUAGUCUAGACUACACAGCCCUCAAUCCAUUUAAAAGAAAAAUAAGGCUAGAAGACAGAGGGGGAGACAUGGGAUACUCGAAUGGCCUGUUUCCACUCACUGUGAUUUUGCACUGGCAGCACCACAACCUUUUUGUAAGUGGUGCUGAGUGAUUGUUUAGUCUGCAUUAAAGUGCUGUUUGCUUAUUUUGGUAAACAAUCAAGGGAAUUUCACUAAGAAAAAUGGAAAUAAUGGAAAAGAUUUUUGUCCUGGAAUCAGCAGCAGCUCAGAUCUGUAUGUUGUAGACAUGAAAAACUUCUCCACCAUUGUUGAUGACAACAUUGAUAAUGGAAGUCCCAGGCCUUUUGAUUUUAAACAGUAGUGUGGGAGAAGUGAUAUUGACGAGUGUGCUGGUUUAAAAAAAGUUUAAAUUUUUUAAAAUCAGAGUUCUGUGAAGGCAGUGACAGAAAAAGCGCUAACACAAGGGACAUUUUUGUGCAAAGAACACUAAGCACCCAAAGUGGGUGCUGUCAGCCCGAAAAACUGCAACCAGAGGACACAGGCCCUCAAUCUUGAGAUCUCAGAUACAUGGUUCUGUUAAGGAAGAUGAAGUUACACAAAAACUGUAUAAUAUCUUGGGAAUUAAACCCUAUUUUUUUUUGUUUUUAAUGAUUGCUAGAGGAAAAAAAUUGACGCCACUCUUUUUGGUGUAUUGUAGCCUAACUUAUUGCAAAAGUAAGAAAUGUGUUACUUGGUAUGUUGUAUGAAAUCAUGUUAACUUGCAUAAACUGCAGUCAAAAAUUUACUAAGCUUACUAUGUUGGACUUGUUAGCAAAGCAUGCUCACUAGCAUGCAAGCUUUAGCACAUCAGGCUACAGUACAAACAUAAGAAUAGUAAACAAUCUUCUCAGCUAAUUUUGAUUACAAAGUCAAACUGUGACCUUUCUAAGCCCUGCGUUCAUCUUUUAGUUGACCCCAGCACAUGUUUGAUCUUCCAGGUACCGUGCUGUGGCUUCAUGGAGCCGGAUCAAGGGGAUCGGUGUACCGAAGUGGAUGGCUAUCGAAAUUGCACUCAUCUGGAUUUUAUCUAUAAUCCUGGCUAUUCCAGAGGCAAUAGCCUUUGACAUGAUCACCAUGGACUACAAAGGGGAACACUUGAGGAUUUGCCUACUGCAUCCCAUGCAGAAAACCAGUUUUAUGAGGGUGAGCUGUGACACACAUGUUUUUAGACAGUAUAUCAUUCAAUGUGAGGGAAAAAACAGGGUGUUCACACAGCUGCAAGGCUGCAAAUAUGCAGACAGUGACAUGUGCAGACACACAUGCUGAUGCAGAUGUUGGAACACAUGCUUUGUAUUUCUGAAUAUAUGUAAAUACUUAUAAUAAAAGCACACUCCAAGAAUCUUACUGUGAAGUUUUCUUGAGUGUAGAGAUCAUGAUAUGUUAAAAUGGUAAAUUGGGGGAGUUAUCACUCUCUUUACCGUCAGUAAAUACAGUCCUGUCAGCGUGUACAGUCACAUGUCUUCUAUCAACCUUGACAAAAACAACAGUGAGCAGUUUCAAUUCCUUUGAGUAACUUUGAUAAAUGGAUUUUAAAAUACAAGGCAACCUGCCUGAAUUGGAGACACACCCAGGAGCCCCUCACUCAGAAAAACUGGGAAUAGGCAACACUAAAUUACUCUGACAUGUUUCACCCUGGACUCAAAGCUGUCUUGAGUAAAUGUUCCUCAUAAUAAUAAAGCACUGUUGUUGCAUUUCUCUUUGUGAAGUUCUAUAAAACAGCAAAGGACUGGUGGCUGUUCAGUGUUUAUUUCUGCCUGCCAUUGGCCGUCACCGCCAUUUUCUACACUCUGAUGACCUGUGAGAUGCUGAGGAAAAAGAACGGCGUCCAGAUCGCCCUCAGUGACCACCUCAAACAGGUUCAAUAAUUGUUUUUAUCUAGUUUUCACUUGUGUUAAUGAACAUUGAUGGUCCUCUCACUGAGUGCUUGAGGUUUAAAUUUCGUUUAAGUUUUCCAACACAGAAAUAAGUCACAAGAGCUUUAAAGUUACACUUGUGACUUUUCACUACCUACUCUAAUCUGACCUAAAGCAAUUUCGCACUCUGACUUAAUUUGUUUUCAUUUCCGGAGUAAUGUUGAUACAGAAAAAAUUCCCAGGACACAAGACUCUUUUGUGUCCAAAUUUCAUCGUGAGCAGCAACUGCCAGCACAAUCUGUUCCAGUGAUUUAUUAAUUUUGGUGUGUUUCCAGCGGAGGGAGGUAGCUAAGACAGUUUUCUGUCUGGUUCUGGUCUUUGCUCUGUGCUGGCUGCCUCUCCACCUCAGUCGUAUCCUGAAACUCACCAUCUAUGAUGAGAAAGAUCCAAACCGCUGUGAACUGCUCAGGUAUGAAGGAAAACACAUCAUGCAGUGCACACAAACAAUAAAACCGAAGUGAUGAUUCGGUAGAAUAAUGAGUUCUCUCGCAUGAACAAAGACGAGGACUAACAUGUUGUUAAACUGAUUUUGUAGUUUCUUCUUGGUGUUGGACUACAUUGGCAUCAAUAUGGCGUCUGUCAACUCCUGCAUCAACCCAAUCGCCCUCUACAUGGUCAGCAAACGUUUCAAGAACUGCUUCAGGGUAAGUUGAACCUUGAUCCGGAAGAAUAUAAAUAAGUGGAACGAUAACAGACCUUACAGGCUAAGUUAAAGUGUUCAAGUUCAGGACUUGGACCUGAGUCCAGCUUGAGCUCUGACUGUCAGGGCCUGUCACCUGACUGUAUUCAGACUAAGAGGAUGGCAAUGACGUAAAUGUAUUCAUUGAUAUGGAUUGUUUAAUUUUUUAAGGAAGAUUUCUUAGUAGCUAAGUCCUGAUAAUUUAUACCAUUUGAAACGAGAGUUGUUACAUGUGUUCCCCUACAUAUUCAAGUGAUGGCUUGUUCAUCAAAAGUUCCUGUUAGGGUGCUUAAAGAGGCCCAGUUUGAUUUUGAAGAUUUUACAGUGAAGUAGAUUUGACUUAGGAAUCCACUUAAACACUAGGGUCUUGAGACUUGACCUGGGGCUCUUACAUACUACCAUUUCAAGGCAGGAUAUUUAGGCCCCUGUUAUGUCAGGUCUGCAAUGACUAUAGGCAGGAUGGUGGGUUGAUGUCGUCAUCUUUAAUUCCUCCUCAAAGGUAUAAUGAUGGGAGAACUCCAGUCAAGCACUGUUGCUGAACUGCAGUGUGUAAGAGGCUAGUGACUUAACCACAAUGCUGCCUGUAGAAAUAUUGUGUCAUUUGAGAACAAACUAUAACGCCCUCUUGCACAGUCUACUGUCAGUUUGAUUAUUGUAUAGCUACCAUAGCAUUGUAGCUGUUAGCUCACUUAGGCAUAAAGAAUGGAAAUAGAGGGAAACAGCUAGCCUGACUUUACUCAAAGGUAAGAAAGAAAUCUGUCAACAUGCACCUCAUGAGCUUACAAAGUUAGUCUGAACAAUUUAAAAGAGGAAGAGUGUGGGGGGAAGACAUUGUGUUUCAGCAUCACGAAGAAUGUAAAGAUGUUUGAGUGUCGUGAAUCCUCAUAAUCUUCUGUUCCUCUUUCCUCCUCUAGUCCUGCCUGUGUUGCUGGUGUCUACCAGCAGAGAUGCUCAUGGAUGACAAGCAGUUGUGUACAAAGAUGAAAGUCACUGAACGAGCUUCAGACCAGAGUAACUCCCGCAUGACCAACAAGUCCACCACUGCCUGAAGAGAAGCCCCUCAGUGAGAUCCGGCAAUAAAGUAAAACAAUUUAUUGAAGUAUGGAUGAUUUGAUUGGGAUAGGUACAGAUUCUUGCUUCAUCUGGGACAUGACAUGAAGUCUUCCACAAUUUGAGAGAUGAAUAAAUGAGAUGAUGCGUCUUCAAACUUAAAACUCUGAACACAUGCCAUUUUGGACGGCUGCAUGAAAAUCUUGUCUAAGAGGAAAUGAGCAAAAGUACACACAAGGAGCCAUUUAUCUGGAUAACAAGUCUGUGAUUUGUGAAGCUGGAUAACUUGUGCUAUUAACACCAAACAUUACGAAGAGUGCAAUUAAACAGAAGUGUUAGGAAAAAUGUGGGUUUAGGGUGGGUUAGCAAAAGUAGCUCAUCCUGGAUAAUGGACAUGUGUGUUGAAUCUGGUGGUAAGACUAGCAUUAUGUAGACUUGAUUUGAGAGUGUGAUGCUGUGCUACUAACUAUUCAAGGUCGGUAUGAAUUAAGUAGUACAUGUGAUUUGAUACUUAUUUUGAGCUAUUCUGAAACCACUUUUUUAUUCCUCAAAGUUACUCCUGAAGUACAUUUAUACAUUGUUUGAUACCAAGUUCCAUUCUGAUACUUGUGUGUAAAAAUAUCAACAUUGUUGUUAUUAUUCUUAUUUAAAAGUUUUACUCUUUAUGACUAGCCUUGUAUGGAUAUUGAGUGAUUUCUUUAUAGUCAAAUGGACUGAGCGCUAGAUAGAAAUGCUAAACUGAAACCAAGCUGAGCUAACGUCAGUAAAUAGAAAGAGUGAUAUUUAACAUUUUUCUUUUAAAAUCAUUUCUAUUGUUUAACCUGUUUUAGUUCUAGAUUAAGUUUUUAAAAAAUAGUCUAAUAGUGUUUUGGUAAAAACACAGAGUUUGGAAUAAUAUUUAGAGGAUGGGUGGUUUGCGAACUCAACUCCUGAAAGGUUGAGCAAGACCCCUUCACUUUGUGUUUGACAAGUUUGAACUCUAAGAAGUUAAGAGUUUGCAUAACCCCCUGCCCCCUCUACAUUAUCCUGCUACCAACAAAAACAAUUUACUCAUACAGCUUAGAAAAAUUACUCCCAUGAUUCCAGUGUUGGCCAAGAUUCCCUGGCAACAAAUUCUUAUUAGUCCCCUAGCUGAGCAAAUGACAUGAAACUAAGUCAUGGUUGUUGCAAGUGUUGCUCGUCCUUUUGAUGAAGUAACUCUAGAAAUCAGCAACUUAGGGAUUCUAUCAAUAGGUCUGCUGCAGGACCUGGAUUGCAGGACAGGAUAGUAAAAAAAUAGUAAAAACAGUCUGAAACUGUACUCAUGUUUUUUCCUGUUUACAGAUUUAGAAUGCUAAUGUAAAGUUUUUGCCACAGUGUCAACAGGCAGAAAUAGAGCCAAAGGGUCUCCUUUACACAAUUUGUAAUCUUUUUUCCAGGCAUUGCCAUGUUGUGGGUUUUUAAUAGGGUGACAAGACAUCCCUGGUUUCUGGAGACAGUUCCCGUUUUGGAUGACCUGUCCCCUGCUAAAGCUGUCCCCGAUUUUCGUGUUCCAUGAAUGACACAAAAAUGUUGUAUGUAAACUCGAACAUAGUUUUUAUGGUAGCCGAGCAGGUAGGAAGCGUGAGUGAGCAUGUAGCGCACAGUCCUGAACAAUGCUCUUCAGAAAUAAUAAAAUUUUGUCACCAUUGGUUUUAACUCAUCAGAAUCAAGCAUUUAACAAAGUCAUAUAGUAAUUGCUAAUACCUUUAACCAAUGCUUAGUUUCUCUCUCACUACUAAAAAUAGUAUUUGGUUAUGGUAGCUUAAAUAAACACAACAGCUGUGAAAGCUAAAGUUUCGGUGAAAGACUCUUAAGGGGCUAUAUUUAUUAUUACUGACUGAUAUACUUAGUGAUAACUAACGAUUCAGACUACAUUGGUAGAUUUUUGUAACUCAUAUUAGUCUACUUUAUUACCUAAUGCGUUUAUUAUGUUUGUGUGCAAGUUUGAAUUGUCUAUUUUUCAUUUUUCAACAUCCUUGUGAUAUUUUUAGUGUUUCUAAAUGCAUUGUUUCCAUGUGAAUUUUCCACUUUUUACUGAACUACUGAUGUUUGAUUUCAGCUGUGUUAUAAUUUGACUGUUUUUUAUACUAUUCAAUACUGGGCCUAUUAUUAAGGCUUUCAUGUGCUGUGACAUAUUUGCUUCAAAUUACUUUCAUUUGAGUAUUUGCUGUUGCUCAUGACGAUAGAAAGAAGUCACUUUUUUGCAUAAGUAAAUAAAUGAUCAAUGCUAUACAUGAGAAA